UUUUGUAUAUGCUAUUUCUACUGUACUCUGACAACACUCAUUUCUGUUAUAAAUUUGACAUUGCUACCAGUGUUUGGGUUUUCAUGAAGAUAUAGCUACCUGAGAAGAUACGUUGCUCAGAACCUGGCAAGUCGAAGUUGGUUUCAUUGGAAUCCAUAUGUUGUAAAGUAGUGGAAGAAGGGAGGGUAUCGAUAAACCCCACCCAAUGGCGACGACGACAAGGCCUGGUGUUCCAAAGUCGGAAGCUAUUUCCAAAGGCUACAAUUUCGCUUCUACUUGGGAACAGAAUGCUCCAUUAACAGAGCAACAGCAGACAGCCAUACAAGCACUUUCCCAUGCAGUUGCUGAGAGACCUUUCCCGUCUAAUUUGCAUCAUAUUUCUGGACACGAUAAUAGUCUGUGUGUCUCUACAAAGCUCAGCUCUCUGGAGGAUUCAUGGGCCAUUGAAGCAGUCCUAGUGAAUACAAAUCAGUUUUACAAGUGGUUUGCCGAUCUUGAAGCAGCCAUGAAAUCAGAGACUGAAGAAAAAUAUCAGCAUUAUGUCAACACCUUAACAGAGCAGAUUCAGACCUGUGAUAGUAUACUUCAGCAGGUGGAUGAAACACUUGACUUAUUCAAUGAGCUGCAAUUGCAGCAUCAAGCAGUGGCAACAAAGACUAAAACUCUUCAUGAUGCGUGUGAUAGACUGCUUUUGGAGAAGCAGAAAUUAAUUGAGUUUGCAGAAUCACUUCACAAUAAGCUCAAUUACUUUGAUGAAUUGGAGAAUGUUGCGACCACUUUUUAUUCUCCUAGCAUGAGCGUUGGGAGUACAAAUUUUCUUCCAUUGCUUAAAAGACUUGAUGAGUGCAUAUCAUAUGUCGAGAGUAACCCACAAUAUGCCGAGUGCAGCAUUUAUUUGGUCAAGUUUCGACAACUUCAGUCUCGAGCUCUGGGAAUGAUUCGCUCUCAUGUUCUUUCCGUUCUUAGAAGUACUUCUUCUCAGGUUCAGGCUGCAAUACGAAGCAGUGGUGGUAGCAAAACAUCUUUUGCCGAGGGUAUAGAGUCAUCUAUAAUAUAUGUACGCUUCAAGGCUGCAGCAAAUGAGCUUAAGCCUAUCUUGGAGGAAAUUGAAAGCAGAGCACCUAGAAAAGAGUAUAUUCAACUUCUUGAAGAAUGCCACAAACUCUAUUGUGAACAGCGUCUUUCCUUGAUAAGAGGUAUAGUGCAACAGCGGAUCUCUGAAUUUUCCUGGACAGAAGCAUUGUCAUCUUUAACUAGAUCUGGAUGUGCAUAUUUAAUGCAGGUGUGUCAGCUAGAGCAUCAACUCUUCAAUCACUUCUUCCCAUCAUCUUCAGAGGACAUAUCGAGUUUGACUCCUCUUGUAGAUCCCCUAUUGCAAAUUACCUUCCUUCAGAUGAGGAUCUGGAUUAUCCUAAAAAGUUGGAGCAAUCUGUUUCAGCAGAACUGGGGUCACCAUCUACUGAACAAAACCAAGAUGUUUCCGGAACCUGGUAUCCUCCCCUGGAGAAAACCAUAUCAUGUCUAUCAAAACUGUACUGUUCUCUAGAAUCAGCAGUUUUUACUGGAUUAGCUCAGGAAGUUGUAGAAUUCUGCUCGUUAUCCAUUCAAAAAGCUAGCAAACUUAUUGGCAAAAGAUCGUCAUCAAUGGAUGCACAACUUUUCCUAAUAAAGCAUCUUCUCAUUCUGAGGGAGCAGAUUGCCCCAUUCGACAUAGAAUUUUCAGUCACACACAAGGAGCUUGAUUUUUCGCAUUUGCUGGAGCAUCUAAGGCGGAUUCUAAGGGGUCAGGCAUCAAUCUUUGACUGGUCGAGAUCAACUUCAUUAGCUAGAACUUUGUCUCCACGAGUUUUGGAAAGUCAAAUUGACGCCAAGAAGGAAUUGGAGAAAAGCCUGAAAACUACUUGUGAGGAAUUCAUUAUGUCAGUGACUAAGUUAGUUGUGGAACCAUUGCUUUCUUUUGUGACAAAGGUUACGGCUGUUAAAGUUGCAUUAUCUGGUAAUCAAAAUCAAAAA